AUGCGUAGGAACAUUUCCUGGCACUUAGUUUCGCCACAGCUCUCGAAAUACGACCCCAAAACGGGUAAAGGGCGUGGUGGUAUCUCCGAUGAUGAUGAUUUAACAAUGAUAUUAUCAAAAUUAAAAGAUGAAAGUUAUUCUCCGCUGAAAGCAUUAAAAAUUUAUAUUGAACAACGUCUUUUACUCAGAAUUGUGGCAAUCGAUGAACCACUGAAAGCAGUGAUUCGACUGAGUGAAAUUCGUGAUACUGAUAUCUAUGUUCCUGGUGAUCUCGCUUCUGCUUGUGGACGAAAAACAAUAAAUAAUAUCACAGAUAUCAACAAAACGUUGAAGCAAGUCGACGAUUAUAUUGGUCGAACGAUAAUACUAGCUGAAGAUCGUCAAUUAUCGUUAACGUCGUUAUUUGCACAUGAAUUUACUACAGCACAAUUAUCAUUGUGCGACAAAGACAGCUUCGAUUUAUUGAAUCAACAAAAAAAAUCUUCUGCUAUCGAUUACCUAAAAGAACAAUCUCCAUCGUCAUUCUCUAUGACUUGCCCAAUAAAAACUGAUCGAUGUGCAUUGGGUAUUGAUGGUGGAAGUUUAUUGGAAAUAAAACCAACUGUUCCUUCCGUUUAUUUGAAUGAUCGAAUUGAUAUCGUGUUUGAUACAGCUGGAAGCAAAAAGGAAAACGCAUUCAUCAAACGACAUGGUACUGGAAGUGAAAUCAAUAAUUAUGAUUUAAAAUCAGAUGACGUAUUAGAAACAAAAUACCAUCGUUUCUUGCACAAUAAUCGGGCAACAUUAGCUGAGCGUAUUCGUGAAAUAUGGUGUGAGCCCGCAGUGGUACAAUUGCUGCUAGAAGACAAAAUCCUGGUAGCGGCAGGCCCAAGGGAGACAGCCGUCACAUUGAAGAAAAACUUGUCACCACAACUAGAUCACAAGCUGUAUUCAAAUCACGUAGAAGCUGACACUCGAAUAAUGUUGCAUGUUAACGUGUUGGCAAUUGAUGAAUUCAAACGUGUCAUUAUUCAAGCAAGUGAUACGGACGUGGUACUAUUAUCAAUUGGUCAUGGAAAGUCAACUGGUUUAGAAUCAUUAGUUGUUAAAUCAUUCAACACCAUGAAGAAAACGGACACGUAUAUUAAUUCAACUCGUACUGCAGAUGAAAUAAGAAGAAAAUUCAAAAUUGAACCGUUUGUACUUCUAAUACUACACGCUCUCUCCGGGUCCGUUAUUUCAUUUAAAAAACAUCGUGCAAAUAUUGUUUCAAACCUGCCACCAACAUCUGAUGCAUUUUAUCAUCAUUGUUUACGUGCAUCACAACAGAUCAAUAUUUGGAAACAAGUAUCUGAACAGGAUAUGGUAAUACCGUCGAUGAACAGUAAUAAUGGUUGUACAGCAGUGAACGAACAGUCAAAAAUACAAUGGGCAUCGUUAGCGCCAACGCCAUCAGAACCUGGUUUGCUUACUUGUGAAAAAUACACAACAAACUGUCAGAGGGCUCAAUUCAAGCAAAGUGAAGAUGAUGAAUUCAAUAGUUCGCGUAAUGAUGAUGAUUAUGCUCCAUCAACUCAAACUGACAAUGAAGAAGAAGAUUUAAUAAACACUAUUCGAGACAUCGAGCAAAAUGUCAGCGUUAGUGAACGUUUGGAUCACAGUUAUUGCAAAAGUAACACAGAAGAAGAAGAAGACGAACAACAAUGUGAUGACGGUAAACGAUGCAAAUAUGACACACUAAACAUUAAAAAACAACAUAAAACACAACAGCAAUCAUUUACAUCAAUACUUAUGCCGUUAUCUGUAACAACUAAUAUAGAUAAGAAACCUGAAGACUCAGUUUUUGAGGUUGGAUUAAAAAAAGAGACUGAAAAUUUUCAACUCAAAUAUGCUGAGAAGAAAGAAACUCGACCAGAAAUUGGCGAUGAGCCGCAUGAUCUCGUCGAAGUAACUGAGGAGCCUAUAAGUAUGAAUAGUAUCAAGUUUGCAGUUGCUCCGUUCAUUAGUAAUACCGAUAGUAUCUGCGAGCAGACACUUGCAAAGGAAGAUGAUGCUGACAGUGUGAAAGCAAAUAUAGAACGGCAAGAUAAACUUAAACAUUAUUUUAAAAAGUGGCUUGGUUUAAAG